CCUCUGAAUGGUCUAUAAACGUCGCUGCGGUCUUCUCUUUUCUUCAUCAGGUAUAUAAAGGCACUUUGUUGCUUCCAACUUCAGCACAGUCUCUUUUCCGACUUUGCCUCCUAUCGUUUGCAGCUCAAACGUCCUCUUCAACAUGAACAUCUAUUACGUGACGAGUUUGGUCCUUUUGGGUCUUUUGGCCAUCUCAUUCGCUGACGAAGUGAAACCGUACGGUCCUUACGACAAGUUGGAAGGCUAUUUCCAGUACGCUAACGUUCCAGCGGAAGGUGAAUAUGAAUUCGGUUUUAAUCGUGGCAAUUCCGAUCAUCACGUGUCACGUCAUGAACAAUACAAAGACGGCAACUUCCGCACAAAGGUCAAGUGGGCCGACGCUUAUGAGGGUCAUGGCGAACAUGCUUGGGAUUACAACCAUGGCGGCUACAAGGGCGAUUACAAGCCGGACUACAAGCCGGACUACAAGCCGGACUACAAGCCGGACUACAAGCCGGACUACAAGCCCGACUACAAGCCCGACUACAAGCCCGACUACAAGCCCGACUACAAGCCCGACUACAAGCCCGACUACAAGCCCGACUACAAGCCCGACUACAAGCCCGACUACAAGCCCGACUACAAGCCCGACUACAAGCCCGACUACAAGCCCGACUACAAGCCCGACUACAAGCCCGACUACAAGCCCGACUACAAGCCACAAUACCAACCCGAGUAUAAGCCGGAAUACGAGGCGGACUACAAGCCAGAUUACAAACCCGAAUACAAACCCAGCUACAAGCCAGAAUACAAGCCCGAGUACGAACCCGAAUACAAGCCGGAAUACCAAGCUGAUUACAAGCCGGAAUACCAAGCUGAUUACAAGCCCGAUUACAAGCCAGAGUACAAGCCGGAAUACAAGCCGGAAUACAAGCCGGAAUACAAGCCCAGCUAUGAAACUUCGUACCAACAGACAGCAUACAAAUCCCCGGCAGCCUACGAUGUCCCUGUCUACAAGCCCACUGCCUACAAGUCGACAGGAUACGAACGUAUUUACCGUGGCGCUUUCAGGCCUUAAAUAACAGUAGAAUUUUUCUAAUUGAUCGAAUUACGUGCUGAAAAAAUUCUAUCUAUUUUAUUUUAUUGUUCGGUUCGCUAGUUAGUGUAUAGUUGCUCAGAAUACACACAUCUAUUUUUGUUGCAGUGCAGCAAACGCUAAAACACA